AUGGCACCGGCACCCACAUCUGGCUCGCCUUCUCAGGCAGACACCCCUAUGACAGAUGCCAACGAUGAUGUCGUUCCGUCAGUCCCUGUCGAUGCCCCUACGGACGGCCUGAUGAUGGGCUACCAAGAUACCCCCGAUUAUACGGACUCAGACACCAACCCCAACACCACCGCGAGCAGCGUUGCGGGCGAUGUGGCUCCGCAGGAUGCCCGGCGACGUCGAUCGGAGGCCUUCCAGCUGAGAAAGAGCAUUUUGGGCAAAAAGCAAAGCCGCUUGGAUGAAUCGAAGGAAGAUGACUCGAUUCGUCGAUUCCGAUACCUCCUUGGCCUGACCGACCUCUUCCGCCAUUUCAUCGAGACGAAUCCCAACCCCCGAAUCAAAGAGAUCAUGGAAGAGAUAGACCGACAAAAUGCAGAGAAAGAGGCCAAGGCGCGCAAGGGGUCCGCACGUUCCGGUGGUGCUGGCGGGGACCGGCGCCGUCGAACGGAGCAGGAGGAAGAUGCUGAGCUUCUGAAGGAUGAGAAGCGUGGCGGCGAGACCACCACCGUCUUCCGAGAGUCUCCGACGUUCAUCCAUGGUGAGAUGCGCGAUUACCAGAUCGCGGGAUUGAACUGGCUGGCUUCACUGCAUGAGAACGGUAUCUCCGGCAUUUUGGCCGAUGAGAUGGGUCUAGGAAAGACCUUGCAGACCAUCUCGUUCUUGGGCUAUCUGCGCUACCUCUGCGAUAUUACCGGUCCCCAUCUAAUUGCCGUGCCCAAGUCGACACUCGACAACUGGAAACGUGAAUUCGCCAGAUGGAUACCGGACAUCGACGUUUUUGUUCUCCAGGGUGAUAAAGACGAGAGAGGACGGUUGAUCCAGGAGCGCUUGGUUGAUGAAAAUUUCGAUGUCUGCAUUACGAGUUACGAGAUGAUUUUGCGCGAGAAGUCACACCUCAAGAAGUUCGCCUGGGAGUACAUCAUCAUUGACGAGGCCCAUCGCAUCAAGAACGAGGAGUCUUCCUUGUCGCAAAUCAUCCGUCUUUUCAACUCUCGUAACCGCUUGCUGAUCACCGGAACACCGCUGCAAAACAACUUGCACGAACUGUGGGCCUUGCUCAAUUUCCUGCUGCCGGAUGUCUUUGGCGACGCUGAGGCUUUUGACCAAUGGUUCUCCAGCCAGGAUUCUGACCAAGACACUGUGGUGCAGCAACUUCACCGAGUCCUGCGCCCUUUCCUGCUCCGUCGAGUGAAGAGUGAUGUUGAAAAGAGUCUGCUUCCCAAGAAGGAAAUGAACCUGUACGUUCCCAUGUCCGAAAUGCAGGUGAAGUGGUAUCAGAAGAUCCUGGAGAAGGACAUCGACGCGGUGAAUGGUGCUGCGGGAAAACGUGAAUCGAAGACCCGUUUGUUGAACAUCGUCAUGCAACUGCGCAAGUGUUGCAACCACCCAUACCUCUUCGAGGGAGCCGAACCUGGUCCUCCGUACACGACCGAUGAGCACCUUGUGUACAACUCCGGCAAGAUGGCUAUCCUGGACAAGCUUCUGAAGCGCAUGCAAGCCCAGGGCAGCCGUGUCCUUAUUUUCUCCCAGAUGAGCCGUGUUCUGGACAUCCUCGAAGAUUACUGUGUGUUCCGCGAAUACCAGUACUGCCGGAUUGAUGGUACGACGGCACAUGAGGAUCGCAUUGCGGCCAUCGACGAGUACAACAAGCCAGGAUCGGAAAAGUUCAUCUUCCUUCUCACUACGCGCGCAGGUGGUUUGGGUAUCAACUUGACCACGGCCGAUAUCGUCGUGCUCUUUGAUAGUGACUGGAACCCGCAGGCCGACCUUCAAGCCAUGGAUCGCGCUCACCGCAUUGGCCAGACCAAGCAGGUCGUGGUGUUCCGAUUCAUCACGGAAAACGCUAUUGAGGAGAAGGUCUUGGAGCGUGCAGCGCAAAAGUUGCGUCUCGAUCAGCUGGUCAUUCAGCAAGGUCGCGCCCAGCAGCAGAACAAAAACGCCGCUUCGAAGGACGAGUUGCUGGGCAUGAUCCAGCAUGGUGCCGCCAAUGUCUUCAAUACAAAGGGCGUUUCUACGACUUCCACCGAGAUGUCCGAUGACGAUAUCGAGGCCAUUUUGCGCCGAGGUGAGGAGCGGACUGCUGAGCUCAACAAGAAGUAUGAAAGCCUUGGCAUCGACGAUCUCCAGAAAUUCAGCUCUGAGAGCGCAUAUGAAUGGAACGGUCAGGAUUUUACCGACCGCAAGAAAGACAUCGGCGUCAGCUGGAUUAAUCCCGCCAAGCGUGAGCGCAAGGAACAGUUUUACUCCAUCGACAAGUACUACCGCCAGGCUCUUUCCACCGGAGGCCGGACUGCCGACCCGAAACCCAAGGUUCCCCGAGCCCCCAAGCAGGUCGCCGUGCACGACUGGCAAUUCUUCCCACCUGGCUUGCAGGAGUUGCAGGACAAGGAGACCGCCAACUUCCACAAGGAGAUCGGCUACAAGGCACCCUUGCCCGAGGGGCCUGAGGAGGAGCUCAGCGAACGCGAGGCCGAGCGGGAUCUCGAGCAGAAGGAGAUUGAUAACGCCGUGCCACUCACAGAAGAAGAACAGGCCGAAAAGGCUCGCAUGUCCGAAGAUGGGUUCUCCAACUGGAACCGCCGUGACUUUCAACAGUUCGUCAAUGGAUCGGCCAAGUUUGGACGUACGGACUACGAGGGCAUCGCCACGGAAGUAGAUAGUAAGGAUCCCGAAGAAGUUCGGGAAUACGCCGAGGUGUUCUGGCGCCGGUACACUGAGAUCCAGGAUUAUUCGAAAUACCUGCGGGUGAUCGAUCAGGGGGAGGAGAAGCUGCGCAAGAUGAACCACCAGCGCAAGAUGCUCCGGAAGAAGAUGGAUAUGUACCGCGUGCCGCUUCAGCAGCUCAAGAUCAACUACACCGUGUCGACGACGAACAAGAAGGUCUACACCGAGGAGGAGGACCGAUUCCUGCUGGUCAUGCUGGACAAGUACGGCGUCGAGGGCGACACCCUCUACGACAAGAUCCGGGACGAGGUCCGCGAGUCGCCGCUCUUCCGCUUCGACUGGUUCUUCCUCAGCCGCACCCCUGUUGAGAUCGGCCGUCGGUGCACUACGCUACUAAACACGGUGGCGAAGGAGUUUGAGCCCAACGGUGACACGGGCAAGGGUCGUGGGCGAGACCGCGACGAGGAUGAGGAUGAGGAGGUGGCGCCUGCGAAGAAGAAGGCUAAGAACGGAACUACGCAGGCCAAGGCUAAAGCCGGGAAGGGCGGCAGCAAAGCCACCUCGACCGCGACCUCGCGCGCGGCGAGUGUGUCCACGGCGCCCAAGUCUAAGAGCCGGAAGAGGUAA